GCGGCAGCUCAAUUGGGGGGCCAGGGUUUGGUCAGAAGUCAGAACAUAAAAAUCGGGCCGUUUUAAUGAACUUCGGUAACACGGGCCCAUGUAGCAGUGAGACAAAACGCGGGAGGCCGUAAUCCUCGAGCUUAGUCGGUUCCGGGCCUGCAGCGAGAUUAACGCCGAGGCCUGCAAAUAUCUGCGAGCCGCUUCCGCCAGGAUCCCCACAGGUUAAGCCCCGCGGGUUUAACAAGACCUAGGUAGAAAUCCACCUGCUCGGCGUAUCGGCGGGAUCAUCGGCAAGACGGCGGGGAUUAGCGCCAAUCCCCGGCUUCGUGGCUGCCUGAUUCCUGGAAUCAAGCACAUCGUGUCGAACAUGAGCAGGACAGCUUCUCAGCGUGGAUAUCACGGCUGGAGCUCUGAGCCUUGGACUCGCCUUAGCCACAGAGAGAGGAAACCUCAAUGGUUUGCGUACAAUCCAAGGACCAUGAGGCCUCCGCCGCUUAGCAGUGAUACCAAUUCUAUGAAGAUUCUGUCCUAUAAUGUUAAUGGACUGCAAACUGUGGUAGAGUCUGGAUUUUCUGCAGAUCAGCUUUUCAGCCGGGAGAACUUUGACGUCCUGUGUCUUCAAGAGACACACUUGAAGGAGGGCAAUGUUGACCAUUUUAAGAACCUGGUACAAGACUUCGAUAACAGCUAUUGGUCAUGCAGUGUCGCAAGGCUCGGUUACUCAGGAACUGCAGUGAUUUCACGGGUAAAACCAAUCUCUGUCCAGUAUGGAAUUGGCAUACCCGCCCAUGAUCAGGAAGGCAGGGUUAUUACUUUGGAGUUUGAUGGUUUUUACUUGAUCAAUGCUUACAUCCCAAAUUCUGGACGUGGUUUAAAAAGAUUGAAUUACAGGGUCAAUGACUGGGAUUUGUGUUUUAGUGACUUCAUAAAGAAACUGGAAUGUUCCAAACCAGUAAUUGUUGCUGGUGAUCUCAACUGUGCUCGCCAAAGUAUUGACAUUCACAAUCCUCAAGCAAAAACUGAGGCUGCAGGUUUCACAAUUGAAGAGAGGGAGUCAUUUGAGGAGAACCUUACAAGCAAAGGCCUCGUUGAUACUUUCCGGAAACAGCACCCAAAUGCUGUGGCCUACACCUUCUGGGGUGAAAACCAGCGCAUUUCCAACAAAGGCUGGAGACUGGAUUACUUUCUCGCGUCAGAAUCUAUUGUGGACAAGGUCCAUGAUUCGUACAUUCUACCAGAUGUAUCGUUCAGCGAUCAUAGUCCAAUUGGGCUUGUGCUGAAGCUGUAGGCACUGAUGCCGUGUCUCAACUGAAGACUAAAUAACAUAGCAUCCUCCUCGACAAAAGACUUGUACAGAAUUUGCUUGUCCGGGCUGGAAAUAUUCGACGUCAGGUGGUGAUACCUUUGCGUAGUCACCUGUGGAGGUGGUACGCUCCGUUCACUUCGUCUUCGUGAACUCAGAAGGUUUUCUACGUGGUGCGAUUUGUUAAUGUUUUUGGGAUAACCAAAUACAAAUUUCAUUUUCGUGUCCGCUGCUUCUCAAGUUUGCAUCAUGAAUUAACAGUGAUAUAUAUGUUUUUUUUCUUGAGAAUGAAAUCUGUGCAAAACUUAGUAUCUCUA